UCAGUCGUUGUUCAACUGUUUACAGUGGCGCAGCCUUCGUAUCACAGGCUACUUAUCUAUUAUGAGUAUGUGCAUUUCCUACGACAACAAAAUAAUAGUAUUGGUUCUUGAUGUAUCUAUAGAGUGCUUCAAUCAUCAGCAGGAAUCUGUGCAGAAAUUGUUGGUUAGGAGGCUAUACUUCACCGAUGACGUUGUUUUAUGAAGAAUUCGCCUGAACUAUUGUUGUAGUUGUUUUUAGUUAGUUUUUUCGGGUUUUAUUUAUUUCAAUAUGUCGACGGGUAAACGCCUGGCGAAGCGUUCAAUCAUCGGGACUCGGGUUUGUGCUCCUGGCGAGGAUGGGAAGUUUUAUUCCGGCGUCAUCCAGGCGGUCAAAACCCCAGCUAAUUACAUGGAAAACAAUAAUUGCAUCAACCUCACACCGAACACGAGGUACACCGUACGUUUUGACUCCAGACAAGGGAAUCUGGGCCGCACAACUGCCGAAUUUUUCGAAACCGAUCUCAUAGGCCCAGGCUUCCAAUCGGUGUUGGGGGUCGAACUCGUUGCUGGACAAAAGUGUUUCGUUACUUACAAUGGUCGCGAAGUUUGUGGAGAAGUUUGUAAACAUCACGCAGAGACUGACGAAGUCAUCAUCAGAAUCCAUCCCACAGGAAUAGAGGCUCCAUUUGAGGUUCAAAAGAGACUGGAGGAGGUGCGUUUGCUAGAAUCGAGAAAAUCUGCCCGAUUGGCCGACCAGGACACAGACUUCGCUCGUCUGGCUGACAUGGCUGGCGACAGAAAAAGAACUGCCUCUCAUACUAUAGACGUGCCAGCUCCCUCAUACCAUUACGGAUCUCGAAAAAGGCGACCUAGCAGCAGCCAAGAUGACAGUCCAAAGGACAGUCAAAUGGACGAAUGCAGCGCCGCCUUAGUUUUAAUGAGUCUCUCCUGCUCGCCUCAUUCUCCAAAUCUCAAUGCAUUCUCAUACACCAGUACCUCCCCAGGAAGCAGCAGUAGUUCUGCCUCCUACAGAUCAACUCCAUCACCACCACCCAGAGCAUACUCACCUCAGUCCGCACCUCUUUCUUCAAGUUCGGUUUCCGACGAGGGCAUAGUGAUGGAUUACUAUCCGGAUGACUUACCUCGCAAGAAGAAGAGUGUGACUCGCAUAGUGUUCCAGUGCACAUGGCCGAGCUGCCUGAAAAUCACCAACACCUGUGAAUCUAUCGAGGCCCACGUUCGCAGCGAGCAUCUGAAGGACCAAAUUUGCGAGGAUGCAGAAGAGGAGUUCUACUACACAGAAAUCGAGCUGGGCUAUACCAGCCCUCCCCCAACCCUGUCCCAUCGCGACAUGGCCAGACCAUUCCACGAAGACCCCGACUACCAAAGGCAACUGGUGGGAAACAUGCGCCAGAGCCUGCUGAUGGGCCCCACCACUGUCCCCCAAUCCCCCCACAAAAUCCUCAAGCUAUCGCCGCGUCCCCACAGCCCCAAGAUGCCAGUAUCGCCCCGCAGGAUCCGCGGGGAGAACAAGAAGUGCCGCAAGGUCUACGGGAUGGAGCACCGCGAGCAAUGGUGCACCCAGUGCAAGUGGAAGAAAGCCUGCUCGCGGUUCGGAGACUGAUCCGUAGUUCCUAAGUGACGGCCGAUAGACACUGACAAGUGAUCCAUAUGUGUUCUUUAUGGACAAAGGGGUACGAAUUACCCAGAUCUCACACCACAUGAGAAGUACAAUACGAUAUUUUUUAUGAUCGGAGAUCAAUAAUGUAAUCAAAAUCGAUGAGCUAUAUCUGUGUUCUAAUAAACAUACUCAGUAUAUACUAUUCCGCCUAAAAUGUUUGUUUAAUCUUUGCACGGUGCCAAGUCACUAGCUUGGAAGAAACCAAAGCCAAAAUAAUUCCAUUUAUCUUCAAAUUUGAUUUGAACGUCGUAUUUAGGAUAAGUAACAUUUUACAAAUGUUGGAAAUAUUUUACUCAUGUUGAGUACCCAUUUGAUAAUUUUUUCGGAAUGAUAAAACAUCCAAUCAAUGGAUGUAGAUAUCUAAAAAUACAAACUUCAACGAAUAUACAUACAUUCUUAGUUUUCAAUUUUCUAAUUCCUAUCCUUCUGCCAGUAGGUACAAAGCCAUAAUUUGUGCCAGCGAGCAUUGAGUAGCAAUGACAAAAUUUAUAGGUUAUAUCUCACCUACGCUCCUAUCGUUUGGAUUGCGUAAUUCCACGUCGGCUAAAUAAUUUCCAGGCCGGUUGCCACGUCGCAGGUUUAGGCUUCUUGAGAUUUCAAGAACAUAACUAUUAUCUUCUCAAAAGAAACCAUGAAACUGGAGAUUAAAUUUUCAGGGCGGUAUUUCAUGAACCAAUGCGGUUUAUGGCGUUCCAUGCUUGUUUAAAGUCACUAGCCUGUGACGUUUCCGUCCUUGAUAUUCAAAUUCCCGAUAGAUCCUGUCUUAGUGGCAAUUAUAUUGAUUUUUCUGGAUUUCUGUUCGUUCUCUAUAGAGUAUUGAUAAAAAUGGUCUCUGUUAUACUAGAAUGUUGGAAUUACAUAAAUUUAUUGGGGGAGGGUAUGUAUCUUCCCUACAACAGCUGAUAUCGCUGCUUCAUUAUUCUUUGUUAUACUGGAUCCUCAUGUUUAUGAAUACAGAAAUUCGUUACAAAAUUCGAUCACCUGAACAUGAAAGACCUAAAAAGAAAACUAAAAAUAUACUUUCAUAAAGUAUCUAUAACAAGGUCAAUUAAAUCAUUAAUUCGUGUUUGACAAAUAAAGUUCGAUGUAUACUUUUCAUUUCAUUUAACGUAAUAUCGGGCACCGUGCAUGACGAGCUACUUUUUUGUUAAAAGACGGCACUUGUAAACUUAAUACAUAUUUUUCUACUGGCAUUACAUAUUUAUUUUUUUUAUUAAAGUACAUUAAGUUUACAAAGAAAUGCUACGACUGACUGUCCGAAGUAAGACGACGCCAUUCUCAAAGAUUGAUCAGGUUCUCAAUGAAAGCUGUAAAGUUCCAUAGAAUGCAAUUCUAUUUUUUACACUUGAGCUUAUUUGCAGUUCACUUCCAAUUUUUGUCGUCGUCUCGCCUCGGAUCAAAACAGUAGCCAUUAAAUAAUAUUUUUAGCGCGUAUAUUGAGUACAAUUGACUUGGAUUGUAAAAUCCCGUAUAAGCAAUCAUUUUUUAAUUUAUAAAUAUAUCCGUAGUAUUAGGGAUAACGUUAAUUAAUACAUGGUGUGUUUGUUCGUUAUUGUGUAUUGUUGUAAUUGUUGCCUAAGAUGAGAUUAGUUUAUGAAAAGUUACUUUUGUUUUCAGACCGUAACACGAAAGAUCUCAAAGCCAAAGUGCAUAAAUCCUGUAGAUCGUCGCGCUACCUUACCUUAAAUGCACAACUAAUUUGUUUUGGUUGUAUAUUUUUGAGCCAUAUUUUGUAUUAUUCUUUUUAACUACUAGAUUUCGAUAUGCGGGCGCAAGAAGAUUAGCCUUCGUUUUGAAACCAAUUCCGUAAAAGUUAAAUUUUUAUAUAGAUACGUUUACAUUUCCCGUAAGUUACCAGUUUGCUUCAAAGUAUACUCACGAAGACCAUUAGAGUUUCCCACCAAAUGAUGGCUAAAUUUCUUGAGCUCUAGCGCUUGUUCUCUCUGGGCAAUUAAGAUAGUAAAAGAUUCGUGAGAUUGAUCUAAAAUACCUGCCAUAGAAUAGGCUGAGUGUUAGUGCAAUGGAUGUCUAAUAUGAUAUUCGAAUAUACUGAAUUAAACAUACAUUGCAAUCGCUUGUACUUUAUCGUUCUCGGUCUUGUUAGAUUUGUAAAUAUUUCUUACAUUUAUAAGAAGCCAUGCACUUAACUCGUAUCAGAUUUAUUAUGUGUAAAAUUACUCAUUUCAUUACCUCUAAGUCUUUCAUUUAAGUUUAUAUAUUUAAAUAUUAUCGUCAACAUAUUAUAUUAUAGAUUAAGGACAUAUUAUAUUUUUCAGAGUAUUCAUAUACAUGUAUUUUAAAUUUAAGUGACUUCGUUGUAUUAAGUUUUAUCAUAUAGUUGUAGAUAAGAUGCAUAUUUUAGAGAUGACAUAAAUUACAUAUUGAGAAAUCAUAUUUUAGAGAACCAUAUCUCCAUUUCAUUUGAAAUUUAACUCUAUGCAAUUGAUUAAUAAACCAUAUUAUCAUUA